ACACUGUCUGUCGCUAUGUGUCUUCCGCAGAUGAGGACGCUGAUCUUCGUCGCUUGGCUGCUGUUUUACGUGUCUUUUUUACUGGGAAUGAGAAGGAUGUGGACUGGAAAGUAUGCAGUGGAUUUCAUAUUUUUAUGCUUUAGUAGAGUCAAAAACUUACAUACAGCACCUUUAACUUCUUCUUGCUGUUGUUGUAUGCUGUGGAUGUGUUUGCAGUGGUACCACUGCUGUCCAGACAUGCUCGGAGAACAGGUUCGCUCUCAGUUCGUUCAGAGUCAUCUGGAUGAGGACACGAAGGCUUUCCUCCGCCGAAGCAUGGAGAAAUCCGGCUGGCUCUUCACGCAGCUCUACCACUCGCUCUUCUCCACCAUCCUCAGCCCCGUCAUGUCUCGAACCUCCAUCAACGGCUUUCUGGGCCGCGGCUCCAUGUUUGUGUUCUCGAAGGACCAGUUUCAGAGUCUUCUCCGGAUCGAGCCGGAAUGGAAAGGGCAGAGGAUGCUGGAUCUGGGAGCCGGUGACGGAGGUGUGACAGAAGUGAUGGGCCGUCACUUUCAUGAGGUGUUUGCCACCGAAGUCUCCACGCCGAUGAAGUGGCAUCUCCAGAGAAAGAAUUACAGCUUGCUGGGACUCGAUGAGUGGCACCGAACGGGCUUCCAGUACGAUCUGAUCAGCUGUCUGAACCUGCUGGACCGCUGCGACGAGCCGCUGCAGCUGCUGCAGGACAUCAGGAGAUCGCUGGUGCCGCACACGGGACGCCUCGUCUUAGCGGCUGUGCUGCCCUUUCAGCCGUAUGUAGAGACGGGUGGGACCUGGGUGCGACCCAAGGAACACAUCAAGGUGCAGGGCAAGACGUGGGAGGAGCAGGUGACUCACCUGAGCACAGACGUGUUCCUGAAGGUGGGGCUCAAGGUGGAGGCCGUCACUCGCCUGCCGUAUCUGUGUGAAGGAGACAUGUACAAGGACUACUACAUGCUGGAUGACGCCGUCUUCGUGCUGAAACCUCAGGAAUGAACUUUUGGCGGAAAUGAAAGGGCUUCGUUUAAGAUGAAUGAUGUUUCUUGUCUGUGUUACGUCUCAGGAAAAUGAAAUCUUUGAGAAACAAAUGAUUAUAUCUUAUUGCAACUAAUGAACAGUGCAGUAAUUGUACUACAAGUGUAGUACAGCUGGUGUGAGGUGUUCCCUGUGGGGAAAAAAAAAAAAAAAAAGAUCAUAUCUAAUAGAGAGAGGUAGCUAUUAAACUCGAAAUCUCCUUCUGUGCCUCCCCUUAUGUUUUCCGCAUUUGUAGUGAAUUUCUCACGUGAUGUACGAGUUGUCAGAAACAUCUUAGGACCAAUGUAAGAGCAUUUUUGUUCUUAAUGAACAAGUAAAAUGAUACUGUGCACAACACAAAACAUCUCAACAUACAUGUAUGUAGAUAAUCGUUAAUUACGGGAUGUGAUGUUCUGUUUGUAGACAUAUUUUUAAUGUUGUAAAUCAAGUAUUGUCCUGUAUUGAAUAUGCUUACUGUGCAAUAAAUCUACGUUUGUGCUCA